CACUCCCUCACUUGCCUCGUGCGGGAGCGGGACCUCUCGCUCUUUGAGAAGCUGGGAGACGGCUCCUUCGGCGUCGUGCGUCGCGGCGAGUGGUGCACGCCUGCGGGCAAGACGCUGAACGUGGCGGUGAAGUGCCUCAAGACAGAUGUGCUGAGCCAGCCGGAGGCACUGGACGACUUCAUCCGGGAGGUGAACGCCAUGCACUCCCUGGACCACAGGAACCUCAUCCGCCUCUAUGGCGUGGUGCUCUCCCACCCCAUGAAGAUGGUGACAGAGCUGGCCCCACUGGGCUCCCUCCUAGACCGCCUGCGGAAGAACCAGGGCCAUUUCCUCAUCUCCACCCUCUGCCAGUACGCCAUCCAGGUGGCCAAGGGCAUGGCCUACCUGGAGUCCAAGCGCUUCAUCCACCGUGACCUGGCCGCCCGCAACAUCCUGCUGGCCUCCAACGAGCUGGUCAAGAUUGGGGACUUUGGGCUGAUGCGGGCCCUGCCCAAAAAUGACGAUCACUACGUGAUGCAGGAGCAUCGCAAGGUGCCCUUCGCCUGGUGCGCUCCCGAGAGCCUGAAGACGCGCACCUUCUCCCAUGCCAGCGAUACAUGGAUGUUCGGGGUGACCCUCUGGGAGAUGUUCACCUACGGGCAGGAGCCCUGGAUUGGCCUCAAUGGCAGCCAGAUCCUGCACAAGAUAGACAAGGAGGGUGAGCGGCUGCCGCGGCCUGAGGACUGUCCCCAGGAUGUCUACAACGUCAUGCUGCAGUGCUGGGCGCACAAGCCUGAGGACCGACCCACCUUCGUGGCCCUGCGGGACUUCUUGGUGGAGGUGGGCGAGCGG